GUGUUUGUUCACUUUUGUUUCCAUAAAUUAUUUUUUCAAAUCAUUGGUUGUUCACUUUUUCUAUAUAUUUAUACUACUUAUAAUCCAUGAUUUGCUAAAAGACUGCAUUUUCAACAUUGUUUGCAUCUCUUUCCAGCUAUUUGCUCAGUAGGCAGCCUCUAGAUUUGAAAAAGCAAGAGCUGGCAAAACAGUACUCUUUUUCUUUAUCCUAGCAUGCAGCUUGCCACAAUGCUUGCAUUUCUACUAUCUAUGGCUAGUCACACACUCACACAGAACUCUACUAUCUAUAGCUUGUCACACAAACACAGUCACACACACAUAUCACUAGUAAUUGAGAGUGCUUGUCAUGUCUAAUUUUGAACUGUAGUUAUUCGAAAAGGGUAGAUGAUGCUAAGGAUUUGGCAGAAGCUGUGGAGGUACUUUUCUGCAGUUGCCCUUUCAAUUUGACCCAUGGUUAGGAAGUUGCUCUUCAUUAUUUCAACCUGUGAUAUUUAGCUGCUAUUAUUUUCUUAAUGCAGUCAGGCAAUAGGGAGGACAUUGAAAAAUUCAGCAAGUGGGCAGUCAAGGUUACAAAGCAGCAUAAUGAAGACUGUAAAAGACUCUCAAGACUUAUGGGCUUGCCUAUGAUAGAUGCCCUUUCUGAAGUAGAGGCUCAAUGUGCUGCACUUUGCAUGCUGGGAAAGGUAUAUGUUUAUGCAGUAGCUUCUGAGGACGUGGAUCCUCUAACUUUUGAAGCUCCUUGAUUCUUUCACCAUUUGAUGGAUCCUAGUUCAAGAAAAGUUCCUGUAAUGGAGUUUGAAGUUGCAAAGGUGCUUUGAAUAUUGAAUAUGAUAUAUUUGGAUAGUUAUUUAGUAUUCUGUGCUAAUGUUCUAAUUGACAAGUCUUUCAGAAUUUUGAGGAUCUGAAACCUAAUGUGGUGCAGAUCGAUUCUUUGUCUUGUGCAUUCUUUGUUUUUCAGAUUCUUGAGGAGCUGAAUCUCACUAUGGAUCAAUUUAUUGACUUAUGCAUUUAUUCUAGAUGUGAUAACUGUGAAAGCAUUUGGGGAAUUGGGGAUUUUCAUUUCUGGCAUCUGAUUUGAAGGGUAUAUGCUUAGCUUUGAAUUUGUUAAAGGAUAUGUUGUUUAAUGCCAUAAGCAUUGGGGGACACACAGUUUUGAAACUAAUUUGUCAGCAUGGCAGUAUAGAGAAUACACUGGGGAAUAUAAACAAAGAUAGGUACAUCUUUUUUCCUUUGGUUGAAAAUUAUCUUUGUGAUUUGUUAUAUUUUGCUUGUUAUGUUUGUGCUGCAUGAGAUGAUUCAAAUGACUGUGGUACUUAGAGUUAUUUUCACUGAAUUAUAACUUCUACUAGUUUUGGUAAUAUUUGUGGGAUAUUUGAAAAUUUUGCUCUUCUAAGCAAAUAAUUUUGUAUAUAAUUACUUACCAAUAACUAAUGACUAACUUUGUACUCUGUAUUCUUGAAUCCAUUUGGUGACAGUGUAAAAUGGGAAUUCCUUCUGAUUGAUUACCAUCAGAAAACUAUUGAUAAUAUCUCUCUAGCCCCUUCACUGCUGCAAAGGAUAAAAAAAUAGUAUUGCU